GGGCUCUUCUUUCCCUCCUCUCUUAUAUACAAGUAACUAUACAAAUACAAGCAUUGAACUUGUUAUAUUCAAGUUUGAUCGGAGGGAGUUAUUCUCUUUUCCUAAAAAAUAAGUGAAUAGGCUUCUCAAUUCUCAAUUAGAGAGCCAUUCCUAUGUGUUUAUCAACGCAAGAUUGCUAGAUUUCAUUUGUGACAUUUGUACUUUUAUUUCUACGCGUCCUUAUUAGUAGUAUUCGUCCUGUACCUUACCGCCCAAAAUGCAUAUCAACGAGAUGCUCGCAGACGCCGAGAGGACCGGCCAGCCGUCCUUCUCUUUCGAAUACUUUCCCCCGAAGACAGCCCAAGGUGUGCAGAACCUAUACGAUCGUAUGGAACGUAUGUACGAUUUUGGACCCAAGUUCAUCGAUAUCACAUGGGGAGCAGGAGGGCGGAUUGCUGAGUUGACCUGCGAUAUGGUCGUUCAGGCGCAGGCCUACUUUGGUCUCGAAACCUGCAUGCAUCUGACCUGCACAGAUAUGGGCGAGGACAAGAUAAACGACGCGUUAAGGAAGGCGUACAAGGCGGGUUGUACUAACAUACUGGCACUACGGGGCGACCCUCCUCGCGAAAAGGAGCAGUGGGUAGCUACUGAUAGCGGGUUUAGAUAUGCAAGGGAUCUUGUCGCUCACAUACGAAAGACGUACGGAAAUCACUUCGACAUUGGUGUUGCCGGCUAUCCUGAGGGCUGUGACGACAAUAAAGAUGAGGAUCAGCUGUUAGACCACCUAAAAGAGAAGGUUGACACGGGUGCUACCUUCAUUGUCACGCAGAUGUUCUACGACGCCGAAAAUUUCAUACGAUGGGUAAAGAAAGUACGAGAAAGGGGUAUUACCAUUCCGAUCAUUCCUGGUAUUAUGCCUAUUGCAACUUACGCCAGCUUCCUUCGACGGGCAAACCAUAUGAAUUGCAAGAUACCCGAAGAAUGGAUGACAGCUCUCGAACCGAUCAAGAAUGACGACUCUGCCGUGAGGGAGGUUGGGAAAACGUUAGUUGCCGAGCUUUGCCGAAAGAUCAUGUCCGCUGGCAUUGUUCACCUCCAUUUCUAUACUAUGAACCUGGCCCAGGCAACCCGUAUGGUCUUGGAAGAGCUGGAUUGGAUGCCAAGCACAACCCGUCCUCGAAAACAGGCUCUGCCAUGGAGACAGUCCCUUGCACUUGGGCGGCGCGAAGAAGACGUCCGUCCUAUUUUCUGGCGUAACCGCAAUAAGUCAUACGUAUCAAGAACUCAGGACUGGGACGAAUUCCCCAACGGCAGAUGGGGAGACUCGCGUUCUCCUGCUUUCGGUGAAUUGGAUGCAUAUGGAAUUGGUCUGACCGGCACGAACGAGUCUAACCGUAAGAGAUGGGGUGAACCCAAGUCCGUCAAAGAUAUUGCUUCCCUCUUCGUGCGGUACAUAGAAAGAGAUCUCCCUUCUUUACCUUGGAGCGAGGCACCUCUAACCGACGAGUCGAACUCUAUUAAAGAUGAUCUCAUCAAGCUCAAUCAGCGCGGCCUAUUAACUAUCAACUCCCAGCCGGCAGUAGACGGCGUCAAGUCUACCCAUCCGGUAUACGGAUGGGGCCCCCCGAACGGAUAUGUCUACCAAAAGGCGUAUCUAGAGUUGCUGGUCUCUCCUGAUUUAUUUCCCGAGAUUAUUCGAAGGAUUGACGCCGACCCAGAUUUGUCGUACUACGCUGUUACUCAGUCUGGGAAGCUCACGACAAAUACCCCCUCUGAAGGACCCAAUGCGGUCACAUGGGGAGUUUUCCCGGGGAAAGAAAUCGUCCAACCCACAAUUGUCGAGAGUACUAGUUUCUUAGCUUGGAAAGAUGAAGCCUUUAGACUUGGCAUAGAUUGGGCCCAUUGCCAUGAGGCCAACUCACCUAGUCGCAUCUUGAUCGAAAAGAUUAUGAACGAGUGGUAUUUGAUUAAUAUCGUCAACAACGACUUUCAUCAGUCACGAACCAUAUUCGAGCUUUUCGAUGGGUUGGCUGUCAAAGAUAUCGAUGUGCCUGUGGCACCUGUCAACGGAGAACAUAACGGGGUUCAUAAGGAGGCGAACGGCGUAUAAGCUGUUGAGGAAAACGGAGCAAUUGCUGUGGUAUAAACAUAGCAUUGAUAUUAGGUAGGGAACGGCGUCAUUGCACUUUUCAACAAGCAUUCGGCAGGCGGGCAAAGGGAGUUACCAUUUCAACAAGCAUAUAUCCAGGCGUUUGGAAACGGGGUCCAGAUUUUUCAACAAAAAAUCGGAGCACAGGUUUUGGGGCUUAACGGCAACCUGGGAAAAAGGGGUAGGCUGAACGCGGGUUGUGCUGCAUCAUAUCUCAACGAUACCCCAGCAACGAAGGUGAUGAUUUCGAGUACGAUUAUUUAUUUUUAUUUUCUGUAAGCCGAGAAAUUAUUAGGGCGGCAUCUAGCGAGUUGAGGUAGUACGUACGCCUGAAAAGAGGCAUGUCAUCGGUAACAAGACAAGGCGCAUUUGCCACUAGAGAUGACGAGAUAAAGCCGAUAAAUUAAAUAAUUUUCAAACGCA